CCGGCCUCCACACCGCAGAGGGUUACAAAUCACAUUUGAUCAGAAAUCGCUUCUGUAAAUAAAGAAAAAAAAGGAAAGAAAAAAAGGGAAAGAAACAGGUCAUGCGAUGCGAUUUAAUUCUGCCGGAGGACAGAAGGAAAAACUAGACACGACCUGUUGGCGAUGAUGGAUUACUCCAAAGCACAAAUGUCCAGCUUAUUAGAGGAGAGCAGUUCUGCCGGUUUUCCCCAGUCCAAUCCUGCUGGGGUGAAGCUGGAGGCAAUGAUGGAGCAGCUCCAGAGACAACAAGGGGCCAAACUGGAGUUGAACCUCCAAGAGAAACAGCUUCUUCAAGCCCAGCUCCUGUUUGCCCAUCACGCUGCUGCAGCAAGAGCAUCCGGCACCAGACUAGACUCUGCAUUAUUUGGCAAACUAGAUGGACAGACUUAUCAAGCAACUCAACAAGCUCUGAACAGUCAUCCAAGCGGAACAGACGCAGAGGAAGAAGACGAGGACUCAGAUGAGGAGGAACAGGAGAUGAUGGAGCCUGACGAGAAUGAUGAAAUGGAAGAAGAUGAGGAUGAUGACAGCGGGCCUUAUCAGCAACAGGAGAAAAAGCCUGGACUCCAGCAUGUUCCAGGCUUCUCUUUCUCUCCUUAUGCCACAGCCCAGUCAGCUGCUGUGAAGCAAUUGUCUGUGUCUCCACCUUCAGCGAUAAAACAGGAGCCUGAGGAGAAGGAGCUGCUGUCUCCUGCCGGCCAGCACUCCUUCACAUCACCCAAUGGGUUCGCUGACUGGGGCUAUGAUGAGCCAUAUAAACAAAGAGGAAGUGCCAUCUGGGCCGAGGAAAACGAUGGAGGAAAAGUAAGAGGGGAACCAUCCAGGGACUUUGCAAAGCUUUAUGAACUGGAUAAUGACCCACAACGGAAGGAGUUUCUUGAUCAGCUGUUUGUCUUCAUGCAGAAACGAGGAACCCCUGUGAACCGCAUACCCAUCAUGGCAAAGCAGGUGCUGGAUCUGUACAAGCUUUAUAAGCUUGUGACAGAGAAGGGAGGCCUGGUGGAGGUUAUUAACAAGAAGAUCUGGAGGGAGAUUACAAGAGGUCUCAGCCUCCCCACAUCCAUCACCAGUGCAGCCUUCACCCUCCGCACUCAGUAUAUGAAGUACCUGUACCCAUUUGAGUGUGAGAAGAAGGGGCUGAGUUCCCCAGGUGAGCUGCAGGCCGCCAUCGACAGCAACCGCAGAGAAGGUCGUCGUCCCAGCUACACCAACAGUCUGUACCGCUACUCUCCCUCUCCGAGCUCUGCUCCACACACGCUCCUCUCUUCACCCACGAUGCAAACCACCCCGACUGCACACAACGGCCUGAAUAAAUCUGGUAGCCCAAAUUUAAAGAGAAACACAGAUGAGUCGUCCACCCCUUUGAUACCUAGCCGGCUGCCCAUGGCCCUGGCUCUCGGGCAGCAGCAGUUGACACAAGCUGCUACAUUGGAGCAACUCCGAGAAAGACUGGAGCGUGGAGCAGCUGACGGUCCAGAGAAAAAAAUGAUGCGGCUCGCAGAGGAGCAGCAGCGCCUCAUGCAGCAGGCCCUCCAACAAAACCUCCUGGCCAUGGCCUCUCACUUCAACCCCUUGAACCUCAAACUCAACAAUGGACAUGAAAGUAAACAGGAUUUGUCUCUGAGUAUCUCCACUAAUGGAGCAGCCAGUAUCAGCGUGUCUGUGGAAGUCAAUGGUACACUUUACUCAGGAACGCUGUUUGCCCAGAAGUCAGCCGCUCCAGUGGUGUCGCAGGCCGUAACUUUGGCAGGAACAAGCGGCUUCAGCGCCCUCUCCUCCUCUCAUAGUCCUGCCUCCUCAUCCUCCACCUCUUCGAAGGGACCAAAUUAAAGCUCACAGUUUUCUUUUUUUCUUUUUUUUUUUGACCUGUCAAUAGCAAAAUAAUUAAGUGAGUGAUACACAUGUAGUAUCUCUCUUGUCAAAGAAGAACUGUAUAAACUCUAACUAUAUUGAUGUCUACAUUUGACCUCCUGUUUGUUCAUUCAAGCAGUGCAGACUCUUGGAAAACUGCAACAGGCUGAGAAGUUUUCCACCACUGAUACUCCAUUAGUUUAACAGAAUAAUCACUUCAAAUGAGUCAGGUAAAUAUGACAAUGAUGUGCGACCUCAAAAGGCUUACAAAUGUAAAUUCAGUUAACCUUAGUGCCUGUUAGUGAAGAUUUUUGAAAUAUUGUGACAUUCAUUCUCAAAGGCUUCACAAGGUUUAUUCAGAAGUGUUUUUAGACCAGGAAAGCACCAAUGCUCAGUUGAGUGUCAACUUCAAUUAUAGCUAGUUUAUCAUACAGUUCUGUCGCCAUCAACAUCACCAAUAUAGCAGUUUGGUUGCCAAAGUGCAGCCAAUAAAGACCAAAAAAGCCUUAGCUCAAAAUCAUAGCUCCUAUCUGUAACUAUCUUGCUGAAGCCAUAUUGUAACCCUCUCGGGAAAUAUUUGGUUUAACUUGACUGGUGAAGGGUUGCUGUGAGUGGAAGUAGAUUACAGCAACUUUCAGGGAUUAUGUGCACCGUCAGUUACCACAAAAACGUUUAAAAAAAAUUGUUUGGAACUUGUUUUGUUUUUUAGAUUUUGUUUUGUUUUAUUUUAUUUUUAAUUUGUAUUUAAUGAUUUGGCUCUGCCUCAAAAUGAUGACGCAUUUAUGUCACAUCAGUUGUAACAUGAUGGCAAAAUAUCACAUGCAAGGUCUCUUCUGGGAGCUUUUCCGUAUGUAGAAUGGAAGUUAUACAACAUUUACCUCAUUUCACUUUCCAUGCUGGUUAAGUUUCUCAGGAAUUUCCUUUGGGAUUCAUCAAGGUUAGACUGUCUCAUACAGUAUUGCUGUGUUUUGAUUUUAUAAACAUGGUGAAUGUAUCAUUACCGACCUCAGGCUUUUGACAGUUGAAUGCUGAAACAGUGCUACCUCACUCUUCUAGAGAAAUAUGCAAUUCCUAAUGCAGAAAAUGUUGAGUUAGAAAUCUGCUGAAAUAUACUGUAUGUGGACAAUCAAGUAGACAUAUCAUUGCAAACAAAUAUCACUGAACCUGACAACUACAAAAACCUAGGUUGAUGUGAGUUUUGGUCUUUGAUGAACAUAUUUCUUGGAUAUGUGGCCAUGAGGAA